UUGCGUGUCAUACUUUAUAGAGAAAUUGCUGCCAGCAAGACAUACUUGCUGACUGCAGAUUUUUUUUUCAGAUUUACAGACCCUGUCUGCAGAUAUUUGAAAUUUUUACCUGGCAUCUCUGCACUCUAGUAAAACGAAUGAGAAAGUAAACAAUAAAAUCCUCGGUUUUGUACUUGUCUUUCGUCUAGAAUAGGCAUAGUAGAAGUUCUUUUUAAAUAUCAACUAGAUAUUUCAGUAGGAACAAUUUACCUAUAUUGAAAUAUCUGUUAUAAAUAACAUCAUGACAGACGACGUGAAAAAGUUUUUCUUCAAUAUAUUACACAGGGUUAGUGGCUUACGUUGUAUCAUGAUUACUGAUCGAGACGGAGUUCCUUUGAUCAAUAUCGAAAGAGAAAAGUCUUCAGAAAUUGUUAUGAAACCUGCUUUUCUAUCUACAUUUACACUAGCCGCCGAACAAUCGAAUAAACUAGGAUUAGGAAAGAAUCGUACAAUCAUUUCGGUGUAUGCUGACUAUCAGAUGGUACAGAUGAACAAACUCCCGCUUGUGUUAACAUUUAUCGGCACAGAAAACUGCAAUAUAGGACACAUUUUGUCAAUGGACCAACAGAUUGACACCAUGCUGGAGGAACUUAAAACUGCAGUAACGGAUUCGUGAGAGGAUAUAUGUGAUGGCGACGAGAAUAAUAUGCAUGUAUAAUACAAAUUUUAUUUGUAAAUGCAGCUUUUUAAUAGUUGUCAAAAACAGAAGUAUGGUUAAAUUUAAA